UCUUGAGAGUUGAGACUGGAGAGCAGCGCCGUCUGCGCUGGGUCCUGCAGCCUACGUCCUUUCAAUGCCUGGUUUUCUCUGUGACUGCUGGCCUUCCCCGGAGUUCAGAGCGCUCCUGUGUGCCAUGGGCUGUAUUCAGAGCAUCGGAGGCAAAGCCAGGGUCUUCUGGGAAAGGAUCAUGGUGAUUGAUGUAAAAGCCUCCGUCAACCCUGUCCCCACCAGCAUCGAUGAGUCCUCCAGCGUGGUGCUCCGCUACCGGACACACCACUUUCAGGCCUUGGCCCAGGUGAUCCUGCUGCCCAUCCCCAAGAAGGAGACCUGGAUGGUUGGCUGGGUCCAGGCAUGCAGCCACAUGGAGUUCUAUAACCAGUAUGGUGAGCAGGGCAUGUCCAGCUGGGAGCUCCCAGACCUCCAGGAGGGCAAGAGCCAAGCCAUCAGUGAUUCAGACGGGGUGAACUACCCCUGGUACAGCAGCACCACGGAGACCUGCACCAUCGUGGGCCCCACCAGGAGGGACUCCAAGUUCGUUAUCAGCAUGAAUGAUGAAUGA